AUGAAGCUUCUAGUCGGAACUUGGAACGUUGGAGCAUCGCAACCUACUCAAGAUAUUGAUCUAUCGUCAUGGAUACGGCCUCCCGCUGAAAACAACCGUGAAACGCCAGACAUGAUUGUAUUGGCCUUUCAAGAAGUAACUCAUCCAUUGACUGCAUUGGCACAGUCUCCGGUUGGCAAGCCCGGAUGUCCUGAUAGUGGGCCUGUACACGAACUGGUUUCUGCAGCUGCAGCAGCUAUAUCGAGCAUAUACACCGAAAAGGAGUACACUACCGUCGCAACCCACCGUUUAGCAUCCAUGUUUAUUACUGUAUUCGCAUCCGUAGACGUCAAAGAUACAAUACUAGAGAUCCGCACUGGUGAUCUGGGUGUUGGUGUAGCAGGCAUUCAUGGUAACAAGGGAGCUGUCGCAAUAUCAUUAAACAUAGGUAUCGAGGCACAACGAGUCUUCUCCCUUUGCUUGGUCGGAGCCCACUUGUCGCCUCAUGAAGGGAAAUCGGCUCUAGCUCGCCGUGUAGAAGAAGGAUCAUUUAUAUUCGACCAUCUGGGAUUGGCUCCCCUGUCGAGCCAUCGUCGUGAUAUUAAACCAUUGGGCUUAUCAAGUCGUGAUGGUCACAUCCCAUUACGAGAUAGUGAUGAUAUGGACCGUAGUAAUUCCGAACACUUUAAAUCUAUAUACAGUCAUGACGCCAUCAUAUUCUGUGGAGAUCUCAAUUUUAGGUUAAUCAAGUCGGCUCCUGCUCUUGAUGGUGGUAACAGUAAUAACGAUGGGGAGGCUAAUAGGGCCAGUACGUCAAUAGAUGGUGCUCUUCCAAGUCAGGACAUGAACGAGUCUGUAAAUGUGCCCAAACUGAUUCAUGAUUACGACGAGCUGGAAUUGACUCGACGAGGUGGAAUACUGCCAUUCUCUAUGUUUGGAGAGGCCACAGUAACGUUUGAUCCCACUUAUAAACUAAAACCCAUCCGUAAACGUAAUAGUAAAGCCAAGGAAAGCCCGAGUAUCCUUCCGUCUGACCCAUUAUUACGACCCCCUCAUGUGGCCGCGACUUCUCAAAUGUAUUCUAAAUCACGACGUAGGGCAUUCCCAGAUCGAAUAUUGUAUUAUGCAGCAGAUGAAGAUCCAGCUGUCGCUACGAACCAUGGCUCUGCCAAAACCAGUAGUAGGGUGGAGGACACGGGAUCACCGAUAAAAUCACUUUAUUAUACAGCUGUCAAGGAAAUCACGUGGUCAGAUCAUCGCCCAGUAGCUGCCAUGUUGGUGUUGGACGAGAAUCUGAUAGCGGGACGAAUGAACUCUACUCGAUCUAAACAGGUCACUCUCUGGCUGCAACGCAAAGCACGACUGCUACGUUUUGUCGAUAAAGCUGGAUUGCCUCUGGUGAUCUUGCUCGUGAUGAUGCUAGUUAUCAUCAAGCUUACGUACUCGAGGCACUAA